AUGAACUCACAGGAGAUCGAGACGGUACUUGAAGAAUAUGGUGUAGAUGCUUCACAUGGCCCCAAGUUCUCUGAAUUGCUGGAAAAUGGCCAGGAAUCCGAAAUCACCAAACUCUCCGUUUCAGUGGCAGGUAGGAUCCAGGGCAAGGCACUGUUUAGGAGGCUGACGAAUAGAAGCCGUAGUGACUCCAUCAGUAGUGGCAGAGACUCCCCCUCCCCCUCAAGUUUGAACUACAACGCCGCAGAAUUCGCCCCUUCAUCAACAUCGGCUAUCUUCACCAGAACGCACAGCAGUACUAGUUUGAGCAACCAGGCCACAUACGAUGAUACAUAUAAUAGUGAUUACGUAGAAGAGGAUCACGAUAUAUCACCGACAAAUGACAUUGAACGGGUCGUCAGCUUCCUAAGAUUGGAUGAUGUACAGAACGAGGCGCCGACCAAUACUGAGCUUGAAACAAAGGACGUUUAUGACUCAGUUUAUUAUCAGCAUUCCAAUGAAGAUUCUGACGAGAUGUAUAAUUGGAAUGAAUACUACUAUGAAGCUGAGCAGCAGCCUGAAAACCAACUCCUCACGCCGUUACAAGAGAUCGCAGCUGUAUUUGGUCAUAUGCCGAUCGAGAAUAUAAACGCCAUCUUAGAACUCGUAGGAUAUGAUGUAGAGUUGGCGCUCGACGCGCUAAUGCAACCGGUGGAAACAGUAAAGCCAAAAGAGAAGAAGACCAUUUGUAGGCACUUCCUCGCCGGGGGUUGCUUCAGAAAGGACUGCUGGUUUUCUCAUGAUUUAGAAAAAACCGUAUGCAAGUACUUCAUUCAGGGAAGGUGUCUAAAGGGAGAUGAGUGCGACUUCUCGCAUGACAUGGAUGACUUUUUGAGGGCAUCUCAAAGGGCCUUAAAUAGCUCCUCAGAUAGCACAGCUUCACCGCCACCUGGCUUAGCGCAAUCACCGAUAACUGAUACCCAGGAAGAGUUUCCGUCGCUCGCUUCUGCAGCUUCAAUGCCUCAAAAGAAGCAUCACACUAGCUCGAGUAGGUUUGCCGAUAUUGCACGAAAAGGUGCUAUGGCAAAGGUAGAGAGUACUACUCCAAGUACAAAGAGUAAUAACUCCACGAAUCAACGCAAUAAGCCAACUCUUGUAUCUGGUAAAGUGUUUUGGGUCGACACAGGUCACGCUGUUGCCAAAGCAUACAAGAUGGCGCGGCAGGAGGCAGUCGACUGUGCAAUUGCCCGGAAUAAGCUCUUUCAAAGGGCUACAGAAGCGUACAAAUCUGGAGACUCGAGGUCCGCCAAGGCCUUCUCUUUAGAAGCUCACGCAUACAACCAGCGAAUGCAGGAGCUCCAUCAAGAAGCUGCCUCGCAACUGUAUACAUCUCGAAAUUCAGCUAAUACCAAUACGUUGGACUUGCAUGGACUCUUCCCGCAAGAGGCCAUUCAGAUACUUGAAGGAAAGCUGCAACAAUUACGUAGGACUGGCGGGAGCAUCUUUGUCAUAACAGGAAGUGGUCAUCAUAGUAGAGGUGUGGCGAAAUUGGCGCCUGCUGUUAGAGAAUGGCUAACAUCCAAUAGUUAUUCGUGGAAGGAGGCUGAUAUGGGAGAUGGGUACGGUGGUUGCGUGUAUAUCGAAGUAGGUUGA